AUGGACUCUGUGGCGAAAAACACCGACAAGUUGUGGCUCUGCCGUCUGCUUUGGUGGUCGCUCCUCUUCCAGGUGGCAGCCGGAGCUUCCUUCUAUGGCGAUGGCUUUGUACAGCUCAAGGCAACAGAGUCGUCCGACCAUAACUUGCUCCGCAUUCGCUUCCGAACCUCCAGCACCAAUGGCCUGCUGUUCCUAGCUGCCGGCCGGACCGACUAUUUGCUACUGGAGCUCCAUGCUGGUCGCCUGCAGUUGAAACUGGACCUUGGAUCUGGGGAGCGACUGUUACACUCGGACAGAGGCACCCAGCUCAACGACAUGGCUUGGCACUUUGUAGAGGUCCACCAGAAGCACCUCAAUGUCACUCUAACUGUGGACAAGAACUCUCACACCAGUUUAGAGAUGCCAGGACCCUAUCAGGACCUCAACAUAGUGGAUGGUCUCUAUCUUGGAGGCUCAGGAGGCCUGGACAGACUUUAUCUACCCAGACAUCUGACUGGCUUCCGUGGCUGUAUGGAUGAGGCAGUCUUCAAUGAGCAUGAUAUGCUGUCAUCCCUGAGGCCAUAUCCUGGAUUCAAGAGUGUCCAUGAGGUGUCUCUUGGGUGUAGUCCCCAGUUUUUUGCCAGUGAGGAAGACUCUAUUAGCCUCUUCAGCUCCAGGGCCUACAUCUCUCUUCCAUCGUGGAACAUCCAGCAAGAAGGGAUAUUUGAGUGCGCGGUCCACACUUCAGCCAAAGAAGGAAUUGUCCUGUACACUUCUGCCAGAGAAGGGGAUUUUGUGGCUUUGGAGAUUCAGGAUGGUCUGCUAGUGGCCAUAGUGGGGAAAGGUGGAGCCAAAAUAGAACUUCGUUCCCUCACAUUUGUUAAUGACAGGAAAUGGCAUUCUGUUAAAUUGUACUUGAACUCAAAAAGCCUUGAUCUAACUGUUGAUGAAGAGUUGGUGAAAACUAAUAUAGGCUCUCGUGCAAAGGGACUUCAGCUUAAAGGUUUUCUUUUUGUCGGCGGUAUUGAUGAUAGUACCAGAUCUGAAGUCAGAAAGAUAGGUUUGGUCUCUGUGUCUGGAAAGCGUGUCCGAGGAGGCUCUUUGAAAGGAUGCUUGAAGAACAUCAAAGUAAAUGGUGUCAAGACAGGUCUGUCCCAUGCUAUGGUUACCAAGGAUAUCUCUGUUGGUUGUGAGCCAGAGAAAGAACCAGAACUGUCUACCACUAUGAGUUCAGUUACUGCUCCAGCAUUCCAGCUGAAUUCAGUAACACCAACACCAGCUCUUCACAUGUCCACUCUUGCAAGGGGCUUAGAUAGACGGUAUGGCUCUAACUUUGUGCAACUCAAAAACCUUGUGGUACCAGAGGGUGGUCGAGGAUCUCUUGACUCCAAACACAUCAAGGUUCUGUUGGACUUUAAGAAGCUUGGUAUUCGUCAGUCUCAGAUUAUGUUCAGAAUUCAAGAGCAGCCUUUGCGUGGUCAAAUAAGGCUUGAUGUUGACCAGGACCAGGAAGAGAACACUUUCAGCAUGUUAGACCUUUGGCAUGGCCGAGUCAUGUAUAUUCAUGGAGGCUCAGAAGAGCCUGAUGACUUCUUCCUGUUUUCAAUUUAUUCUAGCAGUAGGAAGCAAGUUCCAAAUUAUUUGAAAGGGGACAAAUUGUACCGCUACAAUAUUACUGUGACCCCCACCAAUGAUGCACCUGAACUGAGUCUACCUGAAGGAAACCUCUUUGUCUUGUUGGAAAAUUCAAAGAAACACCUAACCACAGAAGUUCUGAAGGCCACAGACAUUGACAGCAACUACACCCAACUUGUCUUCUCGGUGCUUGGAAACCUGAAUGCAGAUGCUGGAUAUUUGGAAAUUGAAAACAACCCGGGUACAGCGGUGACCUCAUUCUCCUAUCCAGACUUAGAGGAACUCAAAGUGUACUAUGUUCACACAGGGGUGAGGAACUCGAGAAUAGUACUAAGGGUUAGUGAUGGGGAAAAGGUCAGCAACACUGUGGUUCUAAGGGUCAUGGCUGUGGCACUGGAGUAUAAGAUUGCCAACAACACAGGCCUUGAGAUCACUCAAGGAGAGACAGCUGUGAUUGGUUCCAAGCAAUUAGCUGUGCAAACCAAUGCUGUCAAGCAGGUUGUAGACAUACGUUAUGAUACCAUCGAACCCCCUCAGUAUGGAGAACUGCAGAGACUUCACUCAAGUGGUGAAUGGAGGUCCACUGACUCAUUUUCUCAAAGGCUUCUAGAAAAAGCACGCCUAAGGUAUGUUAGCACUUACCAAGAAAUCCAGACAUCCAAUGCCACCGAUUACUUUAAGUGUAAAGUUAGUGUGGCUUCCAGGGCAACCACGGAAUUGCUUUUCCCAAUCACUGUGAAUUGGGUGAGAUACAACAUGGUGAGGAAUAUAAUGCUAGAUAUGGAUAAAGUUAGAAAAGUGGCUUUGGACUCUGAAUAUCUUUACGCCACAGCUGAAGGUGUAGCCCUCUCAGAAGACAACCUUUAUUUUAGGGUUCUCACCUCACCAAAGAGAGGAAAACUCCUGCUUGAUACUACAGUCUUGAGAAAGAAUGCAACGUUUAGCCAAAGAAAUGUCACAGAUCAAAAAGUAUACUAUGAACUAGUUGACCGGCCUUAUGAAGAUACAACUGACAAGUUCAAAUAUCAGGUGUUUUCCAAGCAUGCUCAAUCACAAAGCUAUGAUUUUCAAAUCUCUAUCAAAGCCGAUGUCAACAGUGUGUUCAUGAGAAAUGAUGGACUCUCAAUUUUGGAAGGAGAGAGUAAAUUGAUCACUAAAGAUGAGUUGUUUGCAGAGACUUUAAGUACAAAGGAAAUAUACUACACUGUGAUAAGUAGCCCCAAAUAUGGAAAAUUAGCCCGUAUUAGUCAGUCAAACUCCAAUGCUAGCUAUAACAACAUCCUUACCUUCAGUAAUCAAGAUAUAUUAGAGGAACGGAUAAUGUACAUCCAUGAUGACAGUGAAACAACUCAGGACGAGUUCACUUUCAUAGCGUCCACCAGCAAAGAGUUCAAAUCUUCCAUUGCAGAGCAUGAAAGCGGGUCUAAAAUGGGAACAUUCAACAUAUCUAUCCAGCUUGUCAAUGACCAAAAACCAGUACGUGUUAUCGAUAAAGUUUUCCAUGUAGUGCGGGAUGGGCAGAGGUUACUCACUUCCGAGGAUCUACGUUAUCAUGAUGCAGAUUCUGAUUUCGAUGAUGGCCAGUUGAUCUACACCCGACGUGGGAUCCCAAUGGGAGACUUAGUACUAGUGAAUGACACAUCUCAUCGGUUGUUCCAGUUUCGCCAGAAGGACCUGGAUGAGAAGCGAGUUUUGUUCAUUCACAAAGGUGUGAGCACUGGCAGGUUUGUGCUCUUUGUCUCAGAUGGGAAACAUUUUGUCUCAAGUCUUUUGGAUAUCAGCGCUCAUGACCCUUUAUUGAAAGUUGGCAACAACACCGGCUUACUGGUUCAGAAGGGCCAGUCAGUGACCUUUUCCACUGGUAAUUUUUCUGUCAUUUCAAAUCUGGACAUCCGAGACGACCUUGACAUCAUCUUCAGUGUCUAUGAGGCUCCCAAGUAUGGAGUACUAUAUCUCAAUGGAACUAUGGUGAAGUCAUUCACACAGUCUGACUUGAAGAUUGGGCUAAUUUCUUAUCGGCACAAUGACAGCAAACAUCAAGCAGACCAUUUCAAUUUAACAGUGAAAGCCAAAGGCCUUCAGCUUACAGCGAGGGUCAAUGUGAAGGUUUACCUGGAAAGCCACCAACGACCACCAAUUGUGCAACAUCACAACACCCUGCUAGUGGAAGAAGGAAAACCAGUAAAGAUUGAUGAAACUAAACUUGAGGUCACUCAUGAGGACAACCUGCCAGCUGAGAUUUUAUUCACAGUCAAGGUUGCUCCCUCUCAUGGCUUUCUCCGGCGUUUUGUAGAAGCUGAAGAGCAUUACAUUGGAUCCAAACAGUUCCCUAUCAGCACAUUUUCACAAGCGGAUAUUAACACCGGAAAUAUCCAGUAUGUGCAGAUGGAACCUAACAAAGUCAAUGACACCUUCAUCCUCGAUGCCACCAAUGGGGUCACGAGUGCCAGUGCUAUUAGGAUGUCUGUUGACAUCAUUCCACACCUCAUCCCACUACAGGUUUCCAAUUUCACCCUGAAUGAGGGCGCCUCCAAGGCACUGACCGAGGAGAUACUAAAGGUCACUAACAGACACUUUUCUGGAAUAAAUUUCCUGUAUAGCUUGACUGAGCCACCUCAACAUGGUCAUAUUGAGCACUCUCGCUACCCUGGUGUGGCAAUAACAUCUUUCACCAGGAGGCAGGUGGAGCAUGAAUUCAUUUACUACGUCCAUGACAGCAGUGAAACCUUAGAUGACAACUUCACUGUCAUGGCUAAUGACACAGGCCUGAGGAAGCAGAGUGCCGCCCGGACAGUGUACAUCCAGGUUAUAGCUGUCAACGAUGAGCCUCCCGUUAUUACAGCCAACAGGGUCCUCAGGGUGUGGGUGGCCUCGGUGACGGAGAUCAGGCCUGACGAUCUGAGGGCGCAGGACUCGGACACGCCACCAGAGGAGCUCUACUUCAUGGUGACCCCACCCAGCAACGGACACCUGGCCCUGAAGAGCGCCCCCAUGAGGGCAGUGCUCAACUUCACCCAGGCCCACAUCGACCAGGGACAGCUGUUGUUUGUCCACAGCGGUGCCAUGUCGGGAGGAUUCAACUUCCAAGUCAAUGAUGGUGUGAACUUCACUCCCAGGCAGAUCUUCAGCAUCACAGCCAGCGCGUUAGUGCUGAACUUAGAGAAAAACCGUCCCCUCAAGGUGUUUCCAGGCUCAUCAACACCAAUCACAAAGGAGGAUUUGCAUGCAGUGACCAAUGACAAAAGUAACACCUCCAACCGCACCAUUACAUUCAAUGUGAUCCGGCAGCCUAAACUAGGGAGGCUGGUGGCAAAGCAGCUUGACAAUUCCACUGUGGACAUCUCAGCUUUUACACAACAUAUGGUGGACAGGGGAGAGGUUGUGUACAUUCAAACCCCCAUAGAGUCGGUGGGCUGGGCGGCAAUGGACUCAGUGACCUUCUCUGUGGCAUCACCACCUGCCUCUCUGGACACACAGACCUUCAGAAUAGACAUUUCCUAUGAGAAUGCUGGACCGGGGCGCAAGACACUCCUACUUGCAAACACAGGUGCUGUGGUAACAGAGGGGGGGAGCGUAAUGAUAGACGAGUCCAAGCUGGAUGCCUCUAAUCUCUUGUCUAAGCUGCCAACACCUCAGAGAAGCUCCCAUGAGGUUUGGUUCCAGGUGAAAACACUGCCCCAACAUGGUGUCAUUGUGGUGGGUGAGAGAAACCUCACCAAGGAGAAACCCAAUUUCUCCCAGUUCAUUGUCAACAAGUAUGGUAUCACCUACAAGCAUGACAACUCAGAGACAACUCAAGAUUUCUUUGUCUUUGACACAUGGCUAAAUCCAAAGGGCAAGCCAGCACAGCGCCCUCUAGAUGAUAGUGAUGUUAUUGAGGAGCGGUUCAACAUCACAGUCACCCCUGUGAAUGAUCAGCCACCUAUGCUCAAGACCAAAGCUCCAACUCUAAAAGUGGUACAAGGUGAUACAGUGGUCCUUCGGCCUGAGAACCUCAAAGUUGAAGACCUGGAUAAUUCUCCUGAUGAUAUCAAGUUUUCUGUGAUUAGCAAGCCCAAUAAUGGUUACCUAGCUCUUGAAGGAAGGCUGAAUGAGUCAGUUGUGGCAUUCACCCAAGCCCAAAUCAACAACGGAAGUGUCUAUUUCAUCCAUGAUGGAAGUCAUUCCUCAGGGGUAUUUUAUUUCAGUGUCACUGAUGGCCACCAUAAGCCAGUAUACAAGCUCUUUAACCUAGAGGUGACAGAAAUCACCAUUUCUAUGGUGAACAACACUGGGUUAACAGUGGAACAAGGCAUGACUUCAGCUUCACUGAGCCAAGACAUUCUUGCUGCUGAGACAAAUGGGAAAAACACCACCAUUCACUACCAGAUCACAAGGCACCCAAGUUUUGGUAAACUUCUAAGAGACAACCAAGAGGUCACACAGUUUGAACAGGAGGACCUACAGGCUGGAAGGCUGUCCUACCACAUGGUGUCCCUGUCCUCUUCAGAAGACAGCUUUGAAUUUGUUGCCUUCACCUCAGAGGCUAAUGUCACUGGCCAAGUGCUCAACAUUACUGUGAAACCACUGAUUCAUUUUGGCCAAGGGUUGAGGUUUCCCAAUGGAAAUACUGUCAAACUUAAUACUGGUUUCCUUAAUGCCACUGAACUGGCUAAUAUAAGUAACAGUGACCCUCUUUUUGAAAUUGUCUCCCAGCCUAAGUAUGGGAAGGUAGUUCAAACAAAACCUAAAAUGUCCAGGAAAGCUGUACCAGUGGAAUCCUUCACUUUUCAGGACUUGAGACAGGAAAAGGUAGCCUUGGCGCUGAGUGCCAACAUGACUGAUGUGCAGGAGCUAAAUGACUCACUGGUGUUUAUACUGAAAGCUGAGAACGUCCAACCUGCUAAAGGGGAGUUCCACUUCACCAUUGUGCCAUAUGAUCCAACACUUUUCUCAGCCACCACAAGUCAUAUCCCAACCACAUCAUCCAUCCCCCAGACAUCAAGCCAAACUUCCAGAAAUGGAACUGCUUCACCGGCCCUGUCCACCGCUGUCAUUUCCACCCAGCAGCCAAGCAAAAACCAACAAAAGUUUAAAGGACGCAGCCGUUGGGGAAACUCUAACCGAACUAAUAUUUUCACUACAACUCUUGGCAAACCAACUCUUGGGCCAGAGGACAUUCCCUAUAGGAACACACCAGUUCGUGUAGAGUCCUACCCCCAAAAGAGCUCUAACCCCCUUCUGGUCAUCUUACCGCUGCUGGCUCUGCUUCUCCUUGUAAUCAUCUUUGUGGUGCUGGUAGUUUUGCUUCGACACCAGAGGCAGAGGAAACAGAACCCUGCAACACCAAAGCCACCACCUUCUCCAGUUGUGUCAACCAGCCAGUCAUUUCAGGGCCAACCCCAGAGGAGCACAACAGUUCCCACAGUGACUGUGACUCCACUGAGCCCCAGUUGCCCAAAUAGCCCCGUUUUCGAAAGAUUACUGACACCAAAUCAGGACUCAGUUUAUAACACUAUUGAUUCAUCCAUGCUCAUAAGUUCUUGGAGUAAUGGUGUCCCAGUGGCAUCCUCCCAACUUAUAAAAACUACCAAUCCCAGUCUUCAGAAGAAUCAGUACUGGGUAUAAUCAUUCUCAGUUAGAAAAUGCUGUCAUAGGUAAUCAUGUGAUAACAGUUCAAUAAGAGGUAAUAUAUUUAAGGAAAACUCCAUCCUAAAACACAUUUACAGUAUUUAAAAAACAGGAAAUAGUGACUUAUGUUAUGCUUCUGAUGUUGUUUAUUGUAGUAGGGUCUUAUUCCUUUUUUGUUAGAAAAAAACUGGAGAAAGAAGUGCGCUUUCCCUCUUCUAUGCUGGAUUUCUCCCUGUAUGUCCCAUUUGCAGAUGUUUGUUUAACAUAUAUGCACAUAGGUGGGUCUACAAAGUCUUUGCGCGUUUAUUUUAAAGAGUUGAUGUUGAGAUUUGACAGCUAUCAUUUCUAUUUUAGAUUUGUGUGCAUGUAGCUGUUCCAAGAACUUCCCCCGGUGACAUCAGUGGAUUUUAGUUUGUGGCUAAUUAGUCCUGGCUUAACAAAAAUGCAGUAUUAAACAACAAAAAACAGUGAAAAUCACCUCUCCAAGGUUUUAAAUAGUCUUAAUGUAUUUUAGGGUGGAUUUUUCCUGUAAGGAAGGCUGAAAUAAAUGAUUACCUGUUGCAGUUGAUUGGAAUUGGCAUGCCCUUGCAGUGUGAUAUAAAUUAAGCGAUCACUGUUACCUUUGUCUCUUUGCCAUUUGAUUCAUCAAAGUUAGGACUGCUUUGCUUUUAUAAGAGGAGCACAGUCCUGUUAUACACUGGGUUGCAGUCGACACCAGCCACUAUACCGGUUUGGUGGGACUGACACUUCUCACUUCAGUAUUUGCUAAACAGUCAUCAAUGUGGUAAAUAAUAACCCAUGUUUGUGCCUAUGUUUAAUUAAGUGACUCAGAUCAUUACUUAGUCCUCAUGCACGUUCAUGUCCCUCCAUUAUGGGUCACGAUCAUCAGAGUUGUUGCUGACCGCCUGACAGCUUGAAAACUGUGAACUACAAAGAAGACUGACACUGGUGCAAAGAUGUAUUGUGUAAGAAUUUCAAUUGAUUGUGCACAUUUUUUAUUGUUGUUAUGUAUUAUAUAUUAUAGCAUUGCAACUUUUUGUAAACUCAGGUAUUUUGUUAAGUCAUUUAUGUCCUCAUGUUACUUUAAUGAAGAUUACAAGUAUUAUCGUUGAUUGAGGUCCCAUGACUUUGUUUGACAUUACAAGUUUGAACAUUAUAAAAUCAUGAUUUUGCAAAUGUCAUUGCCUCCUUUAACACAAAUGUUUUCCAGCAUGGCUGUUUAUGUUAAGAGAUUUUCCCUCACAAGUCCGUCACAAUUGAAAUGGUUUUGUACCAGUAUGAAACUGGCUUUCUGUAUAUCUCUAAUCAAAUCAAACAGACACAAAUGUCAGCACUGUUUUGCUCAUGUUUUUAUUAUUUUUUAAUGCACACUUUUUUAUACUCUGGAUUUCUUCAUUGACCUUAAAGAUACUAAAUGAUUAUACAUGAUAUUGUGUGCUGGUGCACCUCAGUUAUUAAUUUCUUUAAUUGUAAAUUUAAGGAUUUUAUUAUACUUUAUUAUUUGCCACCUUUAUUUGUUUUAUAUAUAGAUAUGGUACAUCAAGCUUAUGAAGAGUUUUUGUGGGUUUUUUAAUUUUCUAAAUUCAGAGCCUCUUCGUUUCAUAUGUCACUAUGAAACCUGGAAUUCGGUGUACAUUUGUCAACUUUUAAUGGCUUUUGAUUCAUUAAAUUUGUUCUGUUUCGAUAACCAUCUGACACAGCUCUUCCAAAAAUGUUAUGCUUCCACAUAUGCUUCUCUAUAAGACCAUGUAGUGUAUAUCACGGUGAGUGAAUAUGCUCAAGUGACCCAUGACCCAUUUAGUCCCCAUUCUGUGACAUCACAUCAGUGAAGUGUGUUAACUUGCACACUGCAUCCCAGAUAAUCGUUCAUACCCUGUGGAACCACAUCUGUGUAACGGUUUAUAAAACCUACAGCGAACAUUUGUGUUUGCACAUUUUGUUGAAUUGUUCAGAUAUCUGUUUUAUUAAUUAAUUGUUCAGUCAAAGUAAUCAGUCAGGUUCCUGUAGCAUUGUGUAGGUGUGGAGGGUCGCCAUGCCUAAAGCCUGCAAACACUAAAAUAAUUUCAUUUUUCUUGACUUCAGUAAAGAGUUUCAAAGGCAUUUUCACUCUGAAAGAAA